ACGGAAGAGUCGCGUCGUGCCUGAGAGCGCAGCUGUGCUCCUGGGCCCCGCGCGGUCCGCCCCCGCGGCUCCUGACCAGACUGCUCCUAGGACCCCCUGCCCUGCGCCGCAGCCAUGAACUACCUGCGGCGCCGCCUGUCGGACAGCAACUUCAUGGCCAAUCUGCCAAAUGGGUACAUGACAGACCUGCAGCGCCCGCAGCCACCCCCGCCGCCGCCUGCUGCCCCCAGCCCCGGAGCCACGCCCGGUCCCGCGACUGCCACUGCCGAGAGGGCCUCCGUGUCCGCCCCUGUGGCCUCUCCGGCUGCCCCUAGCCCUGGGUCUUCGGGGGGUGGUGGCUUCUUCUCGUCGCUGUCCAACGCGGUCAAGCAGACCACGGCGGCCGCGGCCGCCACCUUCAGCGAGCAGGUGGGCGGCGGCUCUGGGGGCGCAGGUCGUGGGGGCGCUGCCGCCAGGGUGCUGCUGGUCAUCGACGAGCCCCACACCGACUGGGCAAAAUACUUCAAAGGGAAAAAGAUCCAUGGAGAAAUUGACAUUAAAGUAGAACAGGCUGAAUUCUCUGAUCUCAACCUCGUGGCUCAUGCCAAUGGUGGAUUCUCCGUGGACAUGGAAGUUCUUCGGAAUGGGGUGAAGGUCGUGCGGUCUCUGAAACCGGACUUUGUGCUGAUCCGUCAGCACGCCUUCAGCAUGGCUCGGAAUGGAGACUACCGCAGUUUGGUCAUCGGGCUGCAGUACGCUGGAGUCCCCAGUGUUAACUCUUUGCAUUCUGUCUACAACUUCUGUGACAAGCCCUGGGUGUUCGCCCAGAUGGUUCGAUUGCACAAGAAACUGGGGACAGAGGAAUUCCCUCUGAUCGAUCAGACCUUCUACCCCAAUCACAAGGAGAUGCUCAGCAGCACGACAUACCCUGUGGUUGUGAAGAUGGGGCAUGCACACUCCGGGAUGGGCAAGGUCAAAGUGGACAACCAGCACGACUUCCAGGACAUCGCGAGCGUCGUGGCACUGACCAAGACGUACGCCACUGCCGAGCCCUUCAUUGACGCCAAGUAUGACGUGCGUGUCCAGAAAAUCGGGCAGAACUACAAAGCUUACAUGAGGACGUCAGUGUCAGGAAACUGGAAGACCAACACCGGCUCCGCCAUGCUCGAGCAGAUCGCCAUGUCUGACCGGUACAAGCUAUGGGUGGAUACGUGCUCGGAGAUUUUUGGGGGACUGGACAUCUGCGCCGUGGAGGCACUGCAUGGCAAGGAUGGAAGGGAUCACAUCAUUGAGGUGGUGGGCUCCUCCAUGCCGCUCAUCGGGGACCACCAAGAUGAAGACAAGCAGCUCAUCGUAGAGCUUGUGGUCAACAAGAUGGCCCAGGCCCUGCCCAGGCAGCGGCAGCGGGAUGCCUCCCCCGGCAGGGGCUCCCACGGCCAGACUCCGUCCCCAGGGGCCCUGCCCUUGGGCCGCCAGACCUCCCAGCAGCCCUCGGGGCCUCCAGCUCAGCAACGACCCCCACCGCAGGGUGGCCCUCCACAGCCUGGCCCGGGCCCCCAACGCCAGGGACCCCCCUUGCAGCAGCGCCCGCCCCCGCAGGGCCAGCAGCACCUUUCCGGCCUUGGACCCCCGGCUGGCAGUCCCCUGCCCCAACGCCUACCAAGUCCCACGUCAGCACCCCAGCAGCCUGCGGCCCAGGCCCCACCGAUGACCCAGGGUCAAGGCCGCCAAUCCCGGCCAGUGGCAGGAGGCCCUGGGGCACCUCCAACAGCCCGCCCACCCGCCUCCCCAUCUCCCCAGCGCCAGGCGGGCCCCCCACAGGCUACCCGCCAGACAUCGGUCUCCGGUCAGGCUCCGCCAAAGGCCUCAGGGGCCCCACCGAGUGGUCAGCAGCGCCAGGGACCACCCCAGAAACCCCCAGGCCCCGCCGGCCCCACACGCCAGGCCAGCCAGGCGGGGCCCAUGCCCCGCACCGGGCCACCCACCACACAGCAGCCACGGCCCAGUGGCCCGGGCCCUGCUGGACGACCCGCCAAGCCACAGCUGGCCCAGAAACCCAGCCAGGACGUGCCGCCACCCGCCACCGCCACUGCCGGGGGACCUCCGCACCCCCAGCUCAACAAAUCCCAGUCUCUGACCAAUGCCUUCAACCUUCCAGAGCCAGCCCCGCCCAGGCCCAGCCUUAGCCAGGACGAGGUGAAAGCUGAGACCAUCCGCAGCCUGAGGAAGUCUUUCGCCAGCCUCUUCUCCGACUGACACCCCACCCUGAGAACCCUUAAUUCCUCCUGGGCAACCCCUCUCUGGGCCCUGAAUCCAUUUCUCACUUUUGGAGUCUCCAAACCCCUUGAGAAGCCCUACUCCUGGUCUGCCCAGAUCCCUCUUCUCAUUCCGCAGAAUGCCCAAGUCCCUGGGGAGACCGCACUCCUGGUCCUGCAUCCACUUCUCACUUUUGGAAUUCCUAAGUCCUUUUAAAAGGCCACUCCCGGCCACCUCGAGACAUACUUUUCAGUUUUAGAACCUGCGAACUCCUGAAGACGUCUACUCCUGGCCCCCACCCCCACCCCCCCGAGUGCCCUUUCCCUCCCAGAAGCUCCCAAACACCAGGGAACACGUUCUGGCCCUAACACCACUGAGUCCCCUCCUGGAACCCUGAAAAUUCCUGGGAAACCACGCUCCUGGUCCUAGAUCACUCAAGGACACCUUGUUCCCCAUCAAGAUUUCCUAGAUCUUGAAGAAACCCCUGCCUUCAAGCCCCUUUCCAGGGAUCUCACAUCUCUGGAGACCCCACCUCUUCAGAUGCCACUCUCCAGCCCCGCAAGGAUUUCUCUUAACCACCCCUCAACCCCACUGAUCACAUCGGGAGGUCCUCCCGCUGCUAGGACCCUUCUGUUCCCCAGGGACCCACACUCCCACUUUCCUGCCUCUGACAGCUAUCUUUAAAUAUGCAAACUCCACCCAUCCUCCCAGAAUCCUUUGCACAUGGAGGGCCAGUGGUCCUCUGCUUCCCCACCUUUGCCGUGAUGUCUGUGUCUGUGACUGACGUGGCCUCCUCUCGUGCCGUGCUUGGCAUAUGUGGUCCUCGUUCAUCGUGCCGCCUGUGGUGAUGCGUGCAGUGGCGCUGUGUGGUCCGCACUUCCCCCCCAACCACUCCUUGCCUGGACUCACCCCCACCCUUCAGCGGCUCUGAACCCCAUGAGAAGAGUCGGGAAGCAAAAUAAACAAGCAAAGGCCCAGCAGAA